CCCAUUCACAGAAUGAACGAACCGCUUGCGUUCCGUCCGUGUAGUCACUCAGUAGUGUCAUGGAGGUAACAUGGCCGAGGAGACGCGCCUAGUUCGCGUUGAAGAGAGGCUAAGGAUCAAAAUCGGAGAGGCAAAAAAUCUUCAGAGUAGAAGUCAUGGAUCUCCUGGUGCACGAGACGUUUAUUGCGCGCUGUCACUGGAUCAAGAAGAAAUAUUUAGAACAACAACCAUGGAGAGAACUCUCAAUCCAUUUUUUGGAGAGGAGUUUCAGUUCGAAGUACCGAGAAAAUUUCGUUACCUUGGCAUUUAUGUUUACGAUCGGGACAGACAUUUAAAGCAGGAUAAAAUCUUGGGAAAGGUAGCAAUAAAAAGAGAGAAUUUAGCAACAUAUCAUAAUAAGGAGCAUUGGUUUCCUCUGAUACCAGUUGAUGCCGACUCCGAGGUUCAGGGCAAGGCUCAUUUGGAGCUUGCUUUGCAAACUCAGGUCUCUCAACACGCUCAGCCUAAACUUACAGUAAAAAUAAUAGAAUGUAGUGAACUAACCAUUAAAAAUGGUAGCUGUGAUCCUUUCGCAACUGUUACAGUCAUCUAUAGUAAUGGUAAACAAAUAUCAAAACGCACAAAAGUUAAAAAGAAGACAUCGUCACCAUAUUUCAACGAGACAUUUGUAUUCGAGCCGGAGUUAACAGAGACCAAGGACAAGGAUGUCUCUCAUUAUUCUAUCGAAGGAGCCGAGGUUGGAGAAGUAGUUGUCGGUCUGUGGCACGCAUCCGCUGGUAUGGGAGAACAACCGGUGUUUCUCGGCGAAGUGCGAGUUACGCUGAAAGGAUUACAAAAACUACCAACUAGUUCGACGACCGCGUGGUAUUUUUUACAACCCCGAGCGGCGAAACAUCGUCCGAGCAAAAUUUCGAGCAAUUCGACACCACCUGGUACGCUACCGAGUUUGGGAUCGUUGCGCUUGAAAAUUCAUUACACAGCUGAUCAUGUUUUCCCAUCCGAGGUUUACGAUAGACUUAGAAAUUUAUUACUACAAAGCGUUGACGUCCAACCUAUAACAUCGUCAGCUGUUUACAUACUGGGCGAAAUUGUAUCUAGUAAAAUGGAAGCCGCACAACCGUUAGUUAGAGUAUUGGUGCAUCACGGGCAAUUAGUGUCCGUGAUGCGAGCACUUGCUAGUCAUGAGAUUUCUAAAUUAACUGACCCAACGACAAUUUUUCGUGGUAAUACAUUAGUGAGCAAAAUGAUGGACGAGGGCAUGAGAUUAGCGGGUCUUCAUUACUUGCACAGCACUCUCAGACCCGCGAUGGAACAAGUCUUCCUUGAAAAAAAACCAUGUGAAAUAGAUCCAACUCGGGUUAAAGAUGGCAAUACAAUAGCGACAAAUUUAGCAAACUUGAAGGAAUAUGUGGAAAGAGUGUUUACCGCUAUAACAACGUCGGGAGUAAGGUGUCCACCUUUGAUGUGCGAGAUGUUUUGGUGUUUGAGAGAACUCGCCGCAACUCACUUCCCCAAAAAUAAAGAAGUGAGAUACUCGGUCAUCAGUGGAUUUAUUUUUUUACGAUUUUUCGCUCCUGCAAUAUUGGGUCCAAGAUUAUUUGAUAUUACUACGGAACAAAUUGAUUCGCAAACAAAUAGAACAUUAACGUUAAUAUCUAAGACAAUUCAAAGUCUUGGCAAUUUGGUGUCUUGUAGAGGAGGAGCGGGUAGCGUUUGUAAAGAAGAAUAUAUGGAAUGUGUAUAUAGAGAGUUUUAUACAGAAAGACAUAUUCAAGCUGUCAAGCAAUUUUUGGAGUUAAUAUCGACCAGUAGUAAUUCUAGCGGUGUCACUAAGAUGCGUCCAACAGUGCCGCAAGAACAACCAGUGGUACUCAAAGAAGGACUGUACUUUGUCUUUAUGCAUACUACUGAUUGCGAUUGCAAGAGAUUAAUGGUUAAACGGGCACAAGGAAGAAAACGAUUCGGUCGUAAGAAUUUUAAGCGGAGAUAUUUUAGACUUACUACGCAAGAUUUGACGUAUUCCAAAACAAAAGGCAAAGAACCAUUGUGUAGAAUACCACUAGAGGAGAUUUUAGCAGUGGAGAGACUUCACGAGGAUUCUUUCAAGAUGAAAAACAUGUUUCAAAUUAUUCAGCCGCAGAGAGCAUUGUAUGUUCAAGCUGCUAAUUGUGUCGAGGAGAAGGAAUGGAUCGACAUUCUCACAAAAAUAUGUCAGACGAACAGCAAUCGUUUGGAAAGAUAUCAUCCGAGCGCGUACAUCAACGGCCAUUGGCUUUGUUGCCGGACAGUUUCUGAGAAUGCACCAGGAUGCAGCGAGGUGUCGCCGGGUGUCGAGGCCGGUCUGCGAAUGGUUCUGGAUCCCGAUCGCGAUUUGCAACGGAUACAUUCGUUGAUAUUUACAAAUAUGCCGCGACUCGAAACACUGAAAAACGCGUGUGAAUGCCAAGCGGUUUACGGUGCUAGUGACAUGUCGGUUAUACCGGACGGAGGAUCGCCCAUAGAAGACGUACCUUCCUGUUUCAAGACGUUGACCGCACUGAAGGAAGCGGCGUGCACGUUGCAGCGCGAACACAGAGCCUAUUUUAGAAAACUGGCACGCGACACCAAAUACGGCAGCAAACAAGCUCCCAUUGGUGAUGACAACUACCUCCACUUAGCUAGUAGAGCAGGAUUUGAUAAUCAGUUAGCGAAACGGACGUACGAGAUGGACGGUCUAAAUCAGCGCAUAGAUGCGGAUCACUACGACAUGGGAUUCUCGAGGAAGAUCCUCGAAAGUCAGAGAAAGGACGACGCGUUCAGGUAUCUCGAUUCCGAUUCCAUUAAUCGUAGAUACGAGAACGAGAACAACUUAUUACGGGGAUACGAAAACAACAGCGAUACCAUCAAGAGUAUCCAGAAUGAUCUCAGAAAAUUUGAUCAUAGUUUAAACAAUACAUUAAGAUCUGACAAAACCGAGAGAAAUGGUAACGAGAAUAUGGAAAACAAAAGGUUAGAUAACAAUUUGCUUACGGCAGAUAGUAUUAAUUUAUCAGGUACAUUGUCGGACAUACGAACGUUGGGUAAUUACGACAACACUCUUGCUAAGGUGUUGGAUGAUUGCACGCUGACGAGACGAUUAAAGGACGACGUUCCUGACGUGUCUUGUAACUCGAUGACCAAGCCUGGCAAUCAUUGAUUUACCCUACGACGGUGAUAGACAAAUUUAUACAAAACCUGCACGCGUUCCUAUAAACUUGAAAAAAACAAAACUUUCAUUUAUACAACGGAUUUACAAAAAUAUUGAUUCGAUCGUGUCGUCAAAACAGAAGAAUAUUUAUUUUUUCUUUUUGUAGAUAAAGUUUCUUUAUCUCGACUGCGUACAGAACAUAUAUAAAUUUCAAAAUGUUUGUAAAUUAAAAAAAAAAAAAAAAAAAAAAAAAAAAUAUGAUUUACAAAGUUUGGGACAUCCGUGCAUUUUUAUUACAAAAAUUUUAUUAUACAAAUUAACGCCUCUGCGCUAACGAAGACAAAUUUUCCUAUUUAAUAAUGUCUGCAUUUUAUAUAAUAUAUAAAUUGCAUUGAGAUAAUAUUGUUGAUUUUUGGAAACAUUGCAGAACAAAGAGAAUCGCGCAAUGUAAUAUAAUAAUUUAAUGUACCUUUUUUGGUUUGUUACCAUGCUAUGCAGAAAGUUAAACAUCUUGUCGCCGCAGAAAUCUCUACUAUUUAUUAUUUAUUUAUUUUUUUUUUUUGUUCACCUUCAUUCGAUAUGUUGGAGAUGUGUGUGCAAAAAACAUGACACCGGCUGUGUUGUUGUUUGCACAAUUCGUAAUCUCAUUAUUUGGUGAAGAAGUUCUCGCCCGUGUAAAACUCAACGUUAGACGUUAAGUUUAUGUUAAACGAAAACGAUUAUUACUGUAUUAUAUUUGUAGAGAAAAAAAUUA